AUGGCGGCAAUGUUAGCAACAGAGCUGCGGCGGCUGAAAACGAAGGCGGCCGCCCUCGCAGCGACGGAAUCGAUGCUGCGUCUGCGCCUUUCUCGCCGGUUGUCAUCCCUGGUGGAACGCCUCUGCGUCAUCCACCGAGUCUGUGCCUAUCCAGAGAAGCAACAAGCAGCUGGCAAGAAAGAGGAGGUGGAGAAGUGGCUGAAGAAGCUGCAAGAGGCAAUCCUGCGUGCGGAGGACUUGCUGCACAAUCUGAAGCUUAGGCGGCUGCCACGGGAGACGAAGGCACCGGUGGUGGCGAACGCAGCGCGCGAGUUCUUGCUCCGCAUCACGUCGGUGUUCCGCUUUGCUGCAGACCGCAGAUUGAGAGCAACGGUGAAGGUGUUCGACGACCUUGUCAUGUUGGCCGGGAAGGUGUUCUCCGAAGUAGACUCGGCGCAAGUCGUUGAGGUUCCUUUCCCAAUGCCUGCAACCUUUCGCGGAAGAAAGGAUGAUAAAAUAAAGAUUAAUGAACUGCUCGAUCAUCAUGGUGGACCUUUGGUUGCCAUCCUGAUCGUUGCCAUAGCGGGGUCAGGCAAGUCGACCUUGGCCCGAGUCAUUUACGACGGUCAGAGGGAAAAUUUCGAGGCUGCAAUGCUAGUAGACCGAUACUACUCUUGUGAAGUAGCAACGAAUGGUUGGAAUCGUUUUCGCUAUCUGCCAGUUACGGAGCUCAAGAUCGCAACAAGUCUCAUAGUAGGAGAAGAGGUAGCACCUCCGAUCACGGAUAGGGUCGAUGAUGGGGAACCAUUUCUGUUCGAUUCGGCAGUGCAUCGAAUCCGGGAAUCACUAAUUGGAAUGAGAUUUUUGAUUGUUCUACUUGACAUCAACAACAUAGCUCGUCCGGAUUUGUGGCAACGGCUGAUGCAGGCCUUACAGGAGGCGUGCCUGUAUGGAGGAAGCACGGUGAUCAUAACCACAACCAACACUGCACUUCAAUCGACCAUGCUCAUCGAACAUCAUUCCUUCAGUUUGGGUGGCUUGUCACGCUUAGAUAGUUGGCUGCUGUUCCAAGAACAUGCAUAUUUUAUGAUGCCAGAUUAUGUGGAGCACCAUUCCUGGGUCGGCGCCGUAUGCCGUGGGCAUCCGUUGUCAUUGAUCAUCCUAGCUAUGAAGAUUCGCUGCACCGCAACGCAAAGUAUUUGGUACGUUUCAUCCACUCCACCUAGUGGAGAUAUUCCUAGACUUUGUUCCGACAUAAAGCAGGUGUAUGAAAGAUUGAUCCACGGUGGCGCACGUAGUCCGCUAUCGCCGGACAUACUCCGUGAUUGCUUCACAUUCCUGUCGCUGUUCCCGGAAGAUUACCGUUUUCGUAGGGAGGAGAUGGUCGACCUGUGGGCUGCGGAGAACUCGAUAUCAUUGGAUGAAGCCGAUACCUACGUCAAAGCUUUCGUGCAGGAAGGCGCCUUCGUCCUCUGCGAGCCGCAGGAUGAACAUGACGGUGAAAGCACGCCUCGCAGGGUGGCAUACAAAAUGCCAGACCUUCUCCCCUACUUUGCACAGCAUGUCGGUUCCAGCAGUGUCCACUCUACGCUGACGCCUGAAUUCUUUGGUUCGACGCUUUUUAAAACGAAAGGCUUCCCUUCGAUCUGCCAGCACUUGUCGUGCGUUUGUGAUCCGAGGUCACCAGAGUUUCCGAUGGACGUGCUCCUUAAAGGCUCCCCAUGGCUGCUGCGCACGCUGCUGCUACUAACUGCAUCAUCAAAUGAGAAGCGCGAGGUGACGGACAAUGCUGAAGGUAUCGAGUUCGCAACUUUCACACUCCUCCGAGUGUUGCAUGUACGUGGAAUCACAUUCGGAAAAUUGUUUCGUGGGGUUGGAGCGCAUUGCAAUCUGGUUUACCUCAACGUUUCACACAGCGACACCGAAACACUCCCUGAAUGGAUCGGUGACCUUCCCGAACUGAGGAUCUUGAAGCUCUCUCACUGCCAGAAGCUCCGCAGACUUCCCAAAUCGAUCACCCGGCUUCGGUACUUGGAGAAGUUGGACCUUAAAGCUUGUUCCUUGCUUGCAGGAAGUUCGCUGGAAUGGGUCGGCAAACUUUUCCGACUGGAGCACCUCAACCUUUCACAAAUCGACUUGAAGUCACUUCCUGGAUCCGUAGGCAAGCUUUGGACGUUGAAGGCCUUGGUACUGGCGGACUGUCAGAGAAUUCGGAGGCUUCCCGGAUCAAUCAGAAAGCUCCUGUGCUUGGAGAAGCUGGACCUUGAAGGGUGCCAUUUCCUGGAGGAGUUGCCUGACAACCUGGACAGCGUGAUGAAGAGUCUCAAGCUUUUGAACCUGCUCCGCUGUCCCUCCUUGACUCGCAUGCCUCUCGGUAUCGGACGAAUGUCAAGCCUCAAGAGUUUGCCGAGAUUCGUGGCGAGUGAUGAGCUCGGGCGAAGCGUCAUGGAGCUCCAUCCGCUCUCUGAUCUUGAAGGUGAGCUUUGGUUGGAUAAGCUCAACAAGUUGGUGGAUCCGGAAGUGGCAAGACAAGUAAAGCUAGAGGAAAAAGAGAAACUUGAGGCAUUGACGCUCCGUUGGGAACGCUUCGAUUCAGAAGAACAUCCAGAUGAAAUGCAGCAGCAGCCGCAGGAGAAUGUGCUCGAAGCCCUUCGACCGAACGCAAGCUUGAGGUCACUGAAGUUGAUCCUGUACACGGGUAAACAGUUACCUUCUUGGAUGACUAACGAACUGACUUAUCGUACAUCACUCUUGGAUAUCAGAUUAUUCAACCUGAAAAGAUGUGGUCUGCCCCCGCUUGGGCAAUUACCACUUCUCAAGGUAGUCAAGAUCAGUGGUAUGGAUGCGGUGGCCGAGCUGGACGACUCCUUCUAUGGCGAGACCGGCACAUUUCCCUCGCUGGAGAGUCUCACUCUCUCUCAAAUGUCAAACUUGACGGGAUGGUUGAUGCCUAUGGAAGACAGACAUGGUUUGUUCCCUCGUCUUGCUCGCUUGACAUUUAUACAGUGCCCCAAACUUGAGCCGCCCAGCUAUUCUAUCCCAUCCAUUACGACAUUGACAAUGUGGAUGAACAACGAGAAGCUCUACAGCUCAGCAGAUCUCAGAAACAUGGCUAGGAAUGUGACGAAGCUCUCGGUUUCCUUGUGUCAAGAUCUUGGGGCAUCCUCGACGACGUGCCAGGGAUUCUGGGGCUUGACCUCCCUGGAGGAGCUACAGAUCUCCGCAUGCCAGAAUUUGACAUGUUUGCCGGAGGAGAUGAAGCAGCUCAGUUCCCUUCGAAGCCUACAGAUCAUUAGCUGCAGCAACAUGAAGAGUCUGCCAAAGUGGUUGGAAGAUCUACCUUCCCUCCGUUCCAGAGGAAUACCGUCUCGUUUAGAAUUAAUCAUCGAAGGCUGCCCUUUGCUGCAACGACGAUGA